AUGGGGUUUACAGAAGCACCUAGACGGCAAGCACGUCGCUACAAGACAGUGCGAAAGGUAAAGCUGACAGGCGGAAAUCUCGUUCUUGAGAAUCCUGUGCCUACACGCUACCUGAACAAUUUACCCCGGAAGGAUAACAAGGAGUUUACUCACAUGCGAUACACCGCUGCUACCUGCGAUCCUUCUGAUUUUGCAAGUGAGAACUAUCGAUUGAGACAAAAUCUGAUGAACCGACAGACAGAGCUCUUUAUUGUCCUGACGAUGUACAAUGAAGACGAAAUAUUGUUUUGCAGAACAAUGCAUGGCGUGAUGAAAAACAUUGCCAAUUUGUGUUCUCGAAAACGAUCUAAAAAAUGGAACGAAAAUGGCUGGGAGAAGAUUGUGGUGUGUAUCGUUUCGGACGGACGAGCCAAGAUUCAUCCGCGUACGUUAUCUGUAUUGGCUGCAAUGGGUGUAUAUCAAGAUGGUAUGGCCAAGAACGUGGUCGAAGGAAAGCCAGUAACAGCACAUAUUUAUGAGCAUACUACACAACUCUCGGUAGAUUCCGAUAUGAAUUUCAGAGGCUCUGAGAAAGGAAUCGUACCAUGUCAGAUUCUGUUUUGUUUGAAGGAAAAGAAUCAAAAGAAAAUCAACUCUCAUCGUUGGUUCUUUCAAGCCUUUGGCUCUCUUUUGAAACCAAACGUUUGCGUACUUUUGGAUGUCGGAACUAAGCCAGGAGGGAACUCUAUCUACAACCUUUGGCGAGCAUUUGAUAUCAACAAAAAUGUGGCUGGUGCAUGUGGUGAGAUCAAGGCCAUGUUGGGUCGUGGCGGAAGUGCGCUCUUAAACCCUCUCGUUGCUUCCCAGAACUUUGAAUACAAGAUGUCCAAUAUUCUCGACAAACCACUUGAAUCCGUAUUUGGACAUAUUUCUGUACUUCCUGGUGCGUUUUCAGCGUAUCGGUAUGAAGCGCUUCAAAAUGACUCUAAAGGACAUGGUCCGCUCGAAAAGUAUUUCUUGGGUGAGAAGAUGCAUGGUAGUGAUGCCGAUAUCUUUACAGCCAACAUGUAUCUUGCCGAGGAUCGUAUUCUGUGUUAUGAGCUCGUGGCUAAACGAAAGGCUGCUUGGGUACUCCACUAUGUGUCAAGUGCUUAUGGCGAGACCGAUGUCCCUGAUUCUGUAGCAGAGUUUAUCUCUCAACGCCGAAGAUGGCUCAAUGGCUCAUUCUUUGCUGGAAUUUACUCAAUGGUACACUGGCGCAAGGUUUGGAGCUCGGACCAUAAUAUAAUCCGAAAGUUCUUUUUCAUGAUCGAGGAUCUUUACCAGCUUUUCAAUCUCUUCUUCUCGUGGUUUGCCCUCGGAAACUUUUACUUGAUCUUUUAUAUCAUGACCACUUCAAUGUAUUCCGAUAGUCUGGAUCCCAAACCAUUCUCUCCUUACGUUGCUAGUAUUCUCCAUAUAGUUCUUAAUUAUGUUUAUGUUCUCCUUCUUGUUGUACAAUUUAUCAUUGCGAUGGGUAACCGUCCUCAGGGUUUUCGAUGGGCAUAUACUCUUAUCAUGGUUUUCUUUGCACUUUUGAUGGGCUAUAUUCUGUUCUGUACUGUAUGGAUUACAUUCGUUGGAGUCCGGACAGCAGUUGACGCCGCCAAAGGAGCCGACAACAUCAUUCUAGCCCUACUAAACGAGGGAUCAUUCAAACAGGUCGUUAUCUCUCUCUGCUCAACAUACGUUAUGUAUUUUGUCGCCAGUGUUCUUUUCUUUGAUCCUUGGCACAUGUUUACCAGCUUUUUGCAAUAUAUCUUUAUGUCGCCGAGCUACACAAACGUAUUGAACAUCUAUGCUUUCUGCAACACUCACGAUGUUUCUUGGGGUACAAAGGGCGACAAUGCUGUAUCCACCGAUCUGGGUGUGGUCAAGGCCAAGCUGGACAAGGAUGGCAAUAACACUGUGGAAGUCGAAUUGCCAACCGAGCAAAAGGAUCUUAAUGAACAAUACGAAGAAGCUUGCUUAGACCUCAAGAAGAUUGUUGUGGUAGCCAAGGAGCACCGUGAUGCAAAGACAAAACAGGAAGAUUACUACAAAUCUUUCCGUACCCGCCUUGUGGUCACCUGGAUUAUUACCAAUAUGGCCCUGGUGGCUGGUAUUACCAAUAGUGAGAUUCUGCAGUUGCUCGGUACAUAUCAACAGCGCAGUGUUGCCUAUCUCGGCUUCAUCCUCUGGUCUGUUGCUGGAUUGUCAGCUUUUAGAUUUAUAGGCGCCAUAUUGUACUUGUUCAUGAAAAUCUUUACCGGAUAA